AUGAAGGCGGCGGCGCUGCUGGUUCUGGUGGCGGUCCUCGGCCUGACGGCGGUGCAGGCGGAGGACCCCUAUCUCUACUUCACCUGGAAGGUGACCUACGGCACCAUCGCGCCUCUCGGCGUCCCCCAGAAGGGCAUCCUCAUCGACGGCCAGUUCCCGGGGCCUAACAUCAACUGCACCACGAACAACAACAUCGUCAUCAACCUCUUCAACGACCUCGAUGAGCCCUUCCUCCUCUCAUGGUACGUACGCUCUGCUGGACGAAGAGUUGCAGAGGGAAGAGACGGAGGUUGACGGCGAUCCUUCGAAUGGUUGGUCGGUUGGUUGAUUGGUUGCAGGAACGGGAUCCAGCAGAGGAAGAACUCUUGGCAGGACGGCAUGCCGGGGACGAACUGUCCCAUCCCCCCGGGGAGAAACUUCACUUACCACUUCCAGGUUAAGGACCAGAUCGGCAGCUUCUUCUACUUCCCGUCCAUGGGGAUGCACAAGGCGGCGGGUGGCUUCGGCGGGCUCCGCAUUAACAGCCGCCUCCUCAUCCCGGUCCCCUUCGACCCUCCCGCCGGCGACUUCACCGUCCUCAUCGGCGACUGGUACACCGCCGGCCACAACCUCCUCAAGCGCCGCCUCGACAGCGGCCGGGCCCUCGGCCGCCCCGCCGGCGUCCUGAUCAACGGCAGGUCCGGCAACGCGGCCGCCGGUGGCCAGGCGAUCUUCAGCAUGGAAUCCGGCAAGACCUACCGCUACAGGAUCUGCAACGUGGGCCUCAAGGCGACCCUCAACUUCCGCAUCCAGGGCCACGCCAUGAAGCUGGUGGAGAUGGACGGCUCCCACACGGUGCAGAACGUUUACGACUCGCUGGACGUCCAUGUUGGGCAGUGCUACUCCGUGCUCGUCGCCGCCGACCAGGCCCCAAGAGGGUACUUCAUGGUGGUCUCCACUCGAUUCUCCAAGAGGGUGCUCAGCGCCGCCGCCAUGAUCGGCUACGCCGGAUCGACGGCAGCGCCGCCGGCGGAGUUGCCCCAGGCGCCGGUGGGAUGGGCGUGGUCGCUCAACCAGUGGAGGUCCUUCCGCUGGAACCUCACCGCCAGCGCCGCCCGCCCCAACCCGCAGGGCUCCUACCACUAUGGCAGCAUCAACAUCACCCGCACCAUCAAGCUCGCCAACUCCGCCGGCACAGUCGGCGGCAAGCUCCGGUACGCCAUCAACGGCGCCACCUUCCAGAACCCGGCGACGCCGCUGAAGCUCGCUGAGUACUUCGGCGCCACCGGCGCCGAGUUCAAGUACGACACCAUCAGCGACGCGCCGCCGAAGAAGCUCCGAAGCGGCGCCGCCCCCAUCAGGGCGGAGCCCAUCGUCCUCACCGCCAAGUUUCGCGACUUCGUGGAGAUCAUCCUGGAGAACCACGAGAGGAGCAUCCAGUCUUACCAUCUGGACGGCUACUCCUUCUUCCCCGUCGGGUAAAUAAUACUAACAAUCGCAGAGCUCUUCUUCCUCACCCACCUCAAACCCUAAAUCCCUGCUGAGUUGAGCAGCUAACUCCGCCAUGGAUUCUCGCAGGAUGGGAGCGGGGAGAUGGACGCCGGAGAAGAGGAGGAGCUACAACCUCAUGGACGCCGUGAGCCGGCACACGAUCCAGGUCUAUCCGAGGUCGUGGUCGGCGAUCAUGCUCACCUUCGACAACGCCGGCAUGUGGAAUCUAAGGUCGGAGAUCUGGGAGAGGCAUUACCUGGGGCAGCAGCUCUACAUCAGCGUCCUCUCCCCCGCUAAAUCUCUCAGGGACGAGUAUAAUCCGCCGGAGAACUUGCUGCUCUGCGGCGCUACCAAGAACCUUCCCCUGCCGCCGCCUUACACCAUCUAA